AUGGCGACAACGAUAACGGAAACAACAUCAGCAACGUCAAGGGUUUCGAUCAAGUCACUCUCUUUGAAAGAUUUUUUAUCACCUGAAACUCGAGCUGGUUUCUUGAUCGAAAUGCGUGAGUCCUUGAUGGAGAUCGGUACAUUUUACAUCAAGGACCAUGGGAUCCCUCCGGAGCUAACGGCUAGCGCUAUGAAGGUUAUCCAACAGUACUUUGCUUUGCCGCUCAAUGAGAAGAAGAAGAUGUUGAUUGGCAACAGCCGUCACUUCCGAGGUUACAAACUUAUCGGCCAAGAGUUUACCAAUGAUCAGGUAGAUCAUCGUGAGCAGCUUCAAUUUGGGCCUGAACGACCUGUGAUCGAAUCCUUCAAGCCGACCAUCUCACCUGACUAUGAAGGUCUACAAGGUCCUAAUCAAUGGCCCGCAAGUACGUUAGCUUGCCUUCCAGAUUUUAAAUCCUGCGUCCUUGAAUUCAUGAAUCAACUCGAGAUCCUUUCUCAGAAUUUAAUGGAAGCUAUUGCGCUUUCGUUGGGUUUGGAGGAUGCAUCUUAUUUCCGAACCCUCUUUGGAGAACAACCUUACUAUCGCCUCAAAUGUGCAAAAUAUCCUUCGGUUGAUAAGCCCAAGACCAUCGGUUGUGGAGCUCAUAAAGACACGGGAUUUUGA